GCAGGUGUGGCAGUGCUUGUUUCUCCUGAUAUUCCUCUGCAGCUGGGGCUGGACAGCCGACAGCAGUUCUGCCUGCAGUCGCUGCCCAGUAUGGAGCGAGAGCCUCUGCAGUACACCGUGUGUGUGGCCAACAAUGUGAAAGCUGCUCACCAGGAAGCAGUGCAGCAACUGUACCAGCACAGCAGGGAGCUGCCCAACAUGAACACACUGUGGCUGCCGUUCUGGAAGCUGCUCACUAACAUGGAUUCGGGGCCGAAGGUGGAGAGGGAGCUGAGGACUUUCUCUAAUCGUCUGAAGAGACACCAGCUUGGGGAGGGAGUCAUCAGCCUCAAUGAACAUUCCACCACCCUCCUCUCCGACAUGGACCAUGACUACCUCAACAGCAGGAAAAGGGGGAUGUCCAAGAGACUGACCAGGGACCUCCCACUUGUCAAGCUUCUUAACAUUUCCAUCACCCUGUCCCCUUUCCUGGGCGUGGACACCAUGCAGUUCCACACCUCCCUCAUGGACGGCACCGAGGCCUUCUGGCUCAGCCUCCCCUCAGCGCCCCAGGGACAGCUGAUCCCUGUGAUGAGUCAGUGGCGAGGAAAGUUCUGUGUAAAGCUAAACAUCACCAACCCUGGAGCGGUGAGCUGGUUUCUGGACAGGGUGGGGUCCCUGCAGGCACACCUAGGGAUGGAGUAUGUGGUGCUCGAGGGGGCUGAGGGGAAUCUGUUUGAGGAGCAAGCUCUGAGGCCUCCACAGGCUCUCGGGGGAGACAAGUACAUCAGCCUGCUGGCCGACAUGGCCACACGGAUAGGAGACUCCACCAUCGUUACAGCGGGGACACGGUCAAGCCACAAGCCUCUGUUUGUGAGGAUGAGCCCCUUGCAGUCCGACUGGAGCCCAAUGGGCCUGAAGGGCAUCAUUCCCUCCCUGCUGCACCACACUCUGCUGGGAUACAACUUCCUCAUUCCUGAUGCAGUAGGUGGUUCUCUCUCUGGAGACCUGGUCACAGAUGAGGAGUUGUUCAUCCGUUGGCUGGAGAUCACAGCUUUCCUUCCUGUUAUCAGCUUCCACACGCCACCCUGGGUCUGCGGAGAGGACCGGUCCUCACCACCCAGGAAGCCAUGGAGAGACGCAGGAAACGAGAAGCAGGAAAUGAGUUUUAAGAGCAAUGGACGUCGUUCCCUCGGAGCGUCACCUGAAGCCGACGUCGUUUGUGAUGACGCCGCACAGCUGUUCGUCUGA